AUUCAUCUGCUAACGUUGAACGCAUAUUUUCACAUAUUAAUCUUUUGAAAACAAAACAGCGAAACAGGCUGUCUACUGAAUCAAUCACUGGUCUAUUACAUGCAAAACGACUCUAAUACAGCUAAUUGUUAUGAUUUUGAAAUUAAUUCGACGAUGACUGCAGCUAUGGCCAAACAAUAUUGGUAUAAAAAAUAAUUAUUCUUAAAUAUGAUUGUUAUAAAUUAGUCUAAGUUUUUUUUUUCAAUAAUGAAACGAAUUUGAUUGAAUAUUGUAUAUUUUUUGCCAAAUACCGAUUUUGGGUAUAAAAUAGUACAAAUAUGCCGAUUUUAGCUGCCAAGUCUACCGAUCUCGCUCUAUGACGUUCGAGAUCACUGCCCAUUACCCAUAAAAACAGAAAAAUGUCAACAAUUGAUACCUACCUACUUAGUCUUGUGGAAUUUAUUUAAGAUUUAGAAAGAAAAUUUAUUCUCAAAAAAAGUAUAAUCAAUUAGACUAAAAAAAAUAUUCAAGUUACCGUUAUAUUUUAAUAAUUACAUACGUUUUACAAAAUGUAAAAAAUAACUACCUAAAGAGAACACUUACUAACCAUGGAGAAUUGAAAAUUACUGAUAGUUAAUCAACAGUAUUAUUUCAUCACCUUUGAUCACCAUAUUCUGAACAUAAACAAAAAAAUUAAGUACAACACCAAAAGCUCUGGGUCACAAAAAAUAAGAUCAGGUCUAAAUAUUCCAGAACGAAUAAAUAAGGAGCAUACUCUGCAAAUCAACCCCAUUAUGGAUAAAGAAACUACAUCAUCGAAAACAGAAGAGACUGAAAUCAAGAAAGAAUACAAGUUUUCUGUAUUAUUUGAAAUUGAAGAAGUUGAUGAAGAAAAUUUUCCCAAAAAUGACAGUCAAGGUGAGGAAGAACCUCUAAGUGAUAAGGCUAGCGCCGAAGAAGUUGCAUCGAAACGGAAUCAAAAUGAGGGAGAUUCUUUAAAUGACAUGGAAAGCAUUGGAGAAAUUCCAGCAAGUCAUAGUAACGAUCAGGAGACUCCUUCACCAAGUACUAGUGGGGACAGAGAUGUUGGUGCUACUAGUAUUGGUGAAACAUUAAAAAGAAUCAAUGCAGAUUUGCUUGUAGAAUUUCCUGCCAAGAAGCCAAAGCCUGAGCUUUUCACUGUAGAUAAAGGUCCAAAGUGGUACAGCAUUGCCAAUGAGAUGGUUACACCCCCAAUAAUAACAAAGAAUCUACCAAGAGUUUUUGAAGCUCUUCCUAUAUUUGGUAAGCCAAAAACUAAAGGUCAUCUGGAUAAGUUCUAUGAUGAUGAAAUAAGAAAUUUUAUUGGAUGUGAUCUUGAUGAUGAGGAGUUUAAGGAGUUAGGUAAAUAUUGCAGCAUAGAGCACCUGAAAACAGGUAAAGAGCUAAAUUUAAAAUGGGACACGCCAUCACUUUCGAUACUAUCAUCAACGGAUAUUCCAGACAUAGACCUCAAUUCCACUAAAUUGUGUACAACAAGAAAGUACAAGAUGAGGAACAAAAUUAAUUUGAAUCCAUAUUUAAUGAGACUAAAGUACAGAGGCCUAAGAAUGCUGCCUUUGUCACAAGAGGGCAGCAAUGAAGACCCUACAUUACCUUGUGAGUUGGAACCAGGGAAGGAUCUCAUAUUCCGGGUGCGAGUCUACAGGCCCUUCAUAGAUCACUUACACAAGGACCGAAACACGCGCAGCCGCAGCACGGUGUUCAGCUGCGACGUGGUGCUGCUGGGCCGCCGCCCGCUCAGCGACCUGCGCGACCGCAUCGCCUGCAACAACGACCACGACAUGCGCGUGGACGUGUCGCACGCGCCCGACGCGCCGCCCGCCGCCGCCGCCAAGGAAGUGUUCCCAUCCGGUUUCUUGUUCAUAAACAACACGUUUUACGUGGACACAAGGGAAGGGUGCGUGGACAACAGCGCAGUCAUACGCACGUGGGCGCGACGGAAGGGGAUUGGAGAUUUUCCGGUCCAAGACAUGUGCUCCGUCAACCUAGAGGACAUCGUGAUCAAACUUGGUCACCCCGAGGUGUACGUGCACCAGGGCGCGUGCGAGCACGUGUUCACGUUCUCGGAGGUGCGCUGCGUGACGGUGCGGGACCCGCUGCGGCGCCGGCACUACCCGUGCCACUCCGCCGUCACGCACAACCAGACCAUCUACUGCACCACGUGCGCGGAGUUCGGCGCCAAGUGGAUCGUGUCCGGCUGUCGGCGCGUGCCCUUCGACCCCGCCUUCUUCUGCGACACCUGCUUCAGGCAGUACCUGUACAAGGACGGGACCAAGAUAGGAGAGUUUAAAGCGUACGCCUAUAUAGGGAACGAACUCAAUCCCUUGAAGCCCUUUGGCUGAUUUCGUCAAGUGAAAAAACAAUCAACAUACCGAGUCAGUGACCAUAAAGUUCCAAUUUUCUUAAUGUAUUUUGUGACUGAUAUUAUAGCUUUGAGUAAUUUAAGAACCGAAAAAUGUAUUCAAUAAUGUAAGUGGGAGAGACAUCAGAGGCCCGCGUGACCAGAUGACUACGGUGUUGCCAAUUUAAGAAUAAAUGUGUUUAGUGUUGCUUACUACAAAUCUAAAUCGACGGAAAGAAUGUGUUUAGUAUUUCCGCGUGUUGUAAACUUGUGAUGUAAAGCGUACGGUGACGAACGUCCUCCCUGUCAGCCUGCAGACGCUUAACGGCACGUGCGAGGCCGUUGACCCCACGCGUGAUUUUAUUUAAAAACAAUACAUAUACUUCAAAUGUAUGAAUAUUGAGUUUUUUACUAGCGUACACUUGUCGGGAGCGUUUGUGAAAUAUCUUCGUUUUAGUCUCCUUACACCGUACACGGACAUGUAAAAUGAACCUUGUGUUAUUAUUAUCAAUAAAGUAGUUUUAAGAAGAAA